UGUGAUACGUUGUGUCGAAAUAUCCAGUUUGAUCGAAAGAACUGACAAAUUUCGUCUGUGCUUAUUUGAACAUGGAGUACGGAAACAUAUUGGAGAAAAAGAGAUAACUGCGUUAGUCCUACGAACAAAAAAAAAUACUGAGGUAAGGAUCAGUGAUGGUCAGUCAUUGAUGUAAUCAGAGAUGAAGGUAUGACGCCUAUGGAAUUUGCGCUCCUCUAUUCCAUAAUGUUGCUGCCAAUUUUUAACUCACAAUGACUAGUCCCAGUCUCAUACUAUAUAAUAUACGCGAUGUGCGAUAGCAUGGAGAUUAUAAAAGAAUAGAGUGGCCAUUGCGGAAAAAUUGAGGAAAAAAUUGAAGCUUUCUAAUGGGGGAAAACUUAUUGGCUAAAAUCUCGUUGCCCGUGGAUGUAAAUUCUCAUUCCUGGGUGCAAAGCCGCGAUGUUUGGGAGGAGCAGGAAAUUCCGAAAAUAAGACAACUUUGAAAACAUCGAUUUUUCCAACAUAGUUCAAGCAAGGACUAAAAACUCAAAAUCAACAAGAAUACCUCGACUUUAAUACAAAACAAGUUUUGGAACGAUGGAAAUGUUUUAAAGUGCUUUUUCUAUGUUGAAGAGCGAUGUUUUAUUUCCGACUUCGGCACGUACAAAUUUUUAUCAUUUUCCUCGAAAUAACAAGGAAAUUCCUCAUUCUUCGCCACAAAUAAAUGUAAAACAGACAGGGCUGUUGAUAAAAUCAGGAUUGAAUACUGGAACAAACUCUUAUAAGAAAGCGAAGUACCAGUAUUUAAAGUUGUUUUGUGAUUUCUUCGUCUUCUUCAGAAACAGUCCAGAAGUAAAGUAACAGAAAAAUCUUUCAGAAGACAGCAUCUUGAUAGCGGUACGUUGACAGGCAGUUAAGUCCAUUUUAAUUAACGAUAUGAAUUGAAAUAAUUGUAUUCCUCUCAAUCAAUCAGAAUUCAGGGUUUUUUCUUGCAAGUUAAAAGGAUAAUUAUAUUCAUAAGAUAAAAAGCAUCAUCUUGAUUUGUUAUGAUUGCUCAUAUGUUGAUUGUUAGUAUAUAGCUAUAUCAUUUUGUUUACAUCUAGUUUUUACAGAAGAUGUAAAAAGUGGUCCAGGGGCCUUGGUUAUAAGUCUAUGUUUAUUAUGUCUUAUUGCUCUCAUGUUACCAACUGUUGGUGAAAAGAACUCGACGCUACCGCCAUAUCUGCAUUUGACUGUAAAUCAAAAACUGAUUGCUGCAUACAUUUUAGGUAAGCUAUACUAAG